AUGCGUGUCGAAGUGCCGAACGGAAGGGGUGGUACGCACUCACUCACCCUCAGCGACGUCCUCCAUGUGCCAUCAGCAGCGUUUACGCUGGUCUCCCUCCGGAAGGCGGACAGCAAGGGCUACAGCUCCACCAUCGCAAACGGUGUACUCUCCCUCACCCAUCGCGCGACUAGCGAUGUCAUUGCCCACAUCCCCGAGCAUCACGGACUAUACCAGGUCGCUAGUACCGACUACCACGCCUGUGCCGCACUCGCGGCCUCUGGGGACGCACCGUCACGUCAGCUGCUCGACGACAUUGAGCUCCACCGUGUCAUGGGUCACAUCUCCGUCAAGGCGGCUCGCGACAUGGUUGACAAGGGGCGCGUGGAGGGUAUCACCAUCACCGACCGGUGCGCACAACCUCAGUGCAGCGUGUGCAUCUCUGCGAAGAUCACUCGCGCGCCUGUCCCGAAAGCCGCAGACGGACGCGGUGCAGCCGAGCUCGGUCUACGCGUCAAAGCGUACGGGGACCGCAUCGACGCGGACACCUGGGACCCUGGCCAUACGUCCAUUGGGGGCAGCAAGUACGCUACUCUCUUCGUCGAC